CUACAAUUAUGCUUUCGACAGUCCUCGCGAUAGUCCAGUAAUGCUUUGAAUUUAUAUGCACUACUUUAUGCUCUUGUUUUUAGUUUCUCAUCACAAACCGAGGAUUGCAAAAGAUCAACAUCCCACAUGCAAGACCUCAGACAUGCUACACAGUGAUAUUGUUACCAAUGGAGUCUUACACAGAAAACAUGAUAAUUUCACAUUUCUGGGUCAAGUACGAAGCAUGAAAGAAUGCCUUGGCCUGUGUUGUACUUACAAGAAAUGCGAAUUAGCUUAUCUCGUGAACAAUACAAACUGUUUUUCAACACAGUGUGAAGAUCCUGAACACUGUAAGAUUAAGAAAGAUGAGCCAAAGAGUCGAUCACAAGAUGUUCAAAUGUCAUUGAUGGUCAGGAAUGAGGGAAAUCAGAAAGGUAUUAUAGGCAAUUUUUAAUGUGCUAAAAGAAUUAGAAUCACUGGAGCCCCUCGGUUUCAAAUACAUCCCGUCUCUGAUAAGCCCCAGCCCUUUUCAGAUACAUUUAUCAAUUAAGUCUCCUCCCUAUUAAGCCUAUCACAGAGACAUUUAUUAAUCGGUCUGGGAAGUUUAUGUCUAAGGCGCCCUCUUUAUUAGCCCCAUCAAAAGCCUCCUCUGACCACAGGCCUCUGACGUGUCUGAAAAUAUCUUAGGAAAUCUUCGUUUUCAACCAUAUUUAUAUUGAAUACACUUAAGACACUAACAGGGCAAUAUGAUCAUUUCGAGGAAGGUUCAUGAGAAGUCUCGUGCUGUCGAUAUAUAAACAAAUUUGAACGGUGGUAGUGUUGCCAUGGCAACCAUGGCGUUUCAUCUUUUGCACUUGUAUUGUCCAAUUUCACAAUCAAACGACAAUAUCUUUAUUUUUCCUUCAGUCAAUUUUUCUGAAAUUUUUUUGAAAGAUUUAUGAUUGAUAGAGGAAUAACUCAGGGCAAAGCCCUUGGGAAAUAUCAUCACUUUCGGGUAAUAUUUCGCCGAAUCAAUGUUAGGCUAAUAGAUAUUGUAAAUGUUAAUAGAUAUUGUAAAAGGUUUCUUAUUGACUUUUUAGUUAUUGCCGCUCGACGUAACAUUUCAUUAGAACUAGAGUGUAAAAGCUACGAAAAGCGCUAUUGAGCCCACAGGAAAUGGUGCUCUAGAAAUAUAGUAUUAUCAUAAUUAUUAUGAAAACGAUAUACUUUUAGUUUACGUCACUGCUUACGUCAUUAUGGCGAUGGCGAUGUUUGGCGCUGCACUCUCUGGAACUGUCUGGAUUGCUUAUGUAUUUGUGAAGAAGUAAGUGAAUAUACUUAAAGUAGGCGUGUCCCAUACAUGAGUAUUAAUAUGAAUUACUAAUUUAGAUAUUCAUUUUAAAGAAAUAAAUAUAUUGCGCCUCUUUUGCUUUCCGACUUUUAAAAUAUUUUUUCAAUAUGUUCAUCCCAUAGAUUACAUGCAUAGAUAUCUUAUAUACACUAGAUAGUGCAUCUAAUUAUUCUGCAAUUCAAAAAUUGAAGCCGUGAUUGCAGUCUCAGGUCGUUCCCAUGAAAUGAGAAGAUUCGUAUGUUUUCUAUUUCUUAAACAGGGAACUUAAACAUUAAGUUAACCCUAUUCCAAAUACAUUUUUAAACUAUUCAAAUGAUGAAAGUUAUUGUUGUUUUUAAGCGUUUAUUAGCAAGUGGGAACGACCAACAUGGCCGCCAUCUAUUCAAAUGGGGGUAACCGCUGGAAUAUUCUAGGCUUCAAUUUUACUAAAAGAGAUGCGCUAUCUAGUGUAUAUAAGAUAUCUAUGAUUACAUGUAACAAAAUCCCUAGACAUUCUAAAGAGCUAGUUCUACUAAUAGACUUAUUGUUGAAAAUCACGUCAUUAAUAUAAAGUAGAAAUAACAGAGGCUCUAAAAUUGACCGCUGUGGGAUACCGCAAAUGAUCAGUUUUGGAGGGACGACGAGUGGCUAAUAAUGAUACAAACAUAAUUUGUACAUCAUAAUGUUGAAGUUAAAGUACGUGCGCCUUAAUAAAUACGCAUGUAACGCAUCAUCCUCAUGAUCAUCGUCGUCAUUAUCCUUGUAUCUCCUCAUAGGAGUUAAGAUAAAGAUUUAUUUAGUCAUUUAAUCAGUCAACCAGCGUAAGUCAAAUGUGACGAAGGGCAGGCCUAGGCUUGUAGUGUAAAAACGGCUCUUGACCCAUUUCUCUCGACUCAUAGUUAAACGUUAAUCGUUUUCCUUUCUUUCCAUUAACAAUCGAGUAAUAUAUGACGUGACACUCAAUGCCCAAACCAUCUCAAUCGUGCACCUCGUUCAUCUUGUUGACGAACUUUCACAUCUUUCCUAAAAUUGGCAAUCCUCCUUCUUCUGUGUAAUGUUGGCUAGUACUUAAGAACUUAAUUUCAGGAUAGGCCCUUUGGAUAAACUACUGAAAUGGAUGAAUGGCAUUAUGGCAUAGAGAACAGUGAGAUCUUCAAAACAAUAAAAUAAGAUAAUAUAGAACAUUCCGAUCACUCGUGAUUGGAUUUAGCACUAUAUUUUCAUGCUAAAUGUUAUGAAAAGUGGCUAUUAACUGGUGUACAGUAACUAGUAAAAACGUUGCUGUUCGUGUAUCUAAUGCACAAUGUGUGGUCAGGUGAACCACACUUUGCCUUCUUCAAUGUGUACCUGAACACUCUGCGUGAAAUCAUCAUAAUAGAAUAUUUAACUAGUCUCUAAUGCAGAGAAGACAAGUUUCUGCUUUUCCAGACUGUUGUCUUUCCUUAUACAGUGCUUUUGCUUAUCUCACAUUAUAAAAAUUAGGCUAGAUUAUCUGUCUGGAAUAAUCAUACGGUCAUGUUUGAUUGAUUUCAGAUACAGAGAAAAGAAGGAAGAUGAAAAGGAACGUGAAAAAUUAUCCAAAGAACCCCAGGUAAUAAAUGACGAGUCAUUCCACAAGUUAAACGACAGUAAGUAGAAGAAAGGGCCUAGGUACUGUACAAGGUUACUGUAACCUUGUACAGUACCUAGGCCCUUUCUUCUACGCUCCUACCUCAUUGAACCUGCGUACGAGGUUAGAACGACUAACUACUUCUAACCACUAAUUCACAAUGGACUAGCUAUUGUUUCGUGUACACUCACACAAAUUACCCUUAUUCAAGCAGUAGACAGAGAGCUAAAGUGAAUAUGUUUUGUGAUUGGCUUUAGUAAACAGAACUGAUCAAUGACUUGUUCUGUAGAAAAUCUAUCUUGUAGCUCAGGCUUUCUUGCCAUCCUACUUUUCCUAAAAUUCUAGUCCUACUUUUAUCCUACUUUUCUACACAAGGAUGCCAGAAAGCCUGUAUAGCUAUAUCGUGGUUCAUUGUUAUAAUCAACCACGGAACUUGUUCCCAUAGCUUGGUUAUGUCCCAGUGAAAUGAAUGCUACCUUCAGAUAAAUUGCCUAUCUUUUUCUUGAAGCCAAAUCUGUCCUCCAGACACGCGUGUCUGGGAGUCAAAAUCCGCGUGUUUAUGAUUCGCGACUCUCUCGCGAGACCGUGUUCAGAGAGCGACCAGCCGCUUUAAUAAGAAAAGAACUAAAAGUCAAUUCUACUAGGAAGUUUUACCUGAAUAUUUACAUUAAUACAAAGUUUUGAGCGCUGAUAAAAAGCUUUUUUGUAAAUUUUAAGCCGGCUUUCAAGAAUAAGGCCCGACCAGGUGGGUACCAAGGAUACCCAAAUACCCGGUGGUAUAUUUUUGGUCAGAUACCAAUGCAAUAUACCCAAAUUUGGAGGAAAUCCAUGCCAGAUACUAAACACCUAAAAUUACGAAACUAAUGAAAUACUAAAAUCUAAAUACCUAAAAUCCACUUUUCUUUUACAAUAAGUGACAUUAAAGUGAAUUAAAAGUGACAUUAAUUACUCGGCGGUUAAGGCAAGGUUGCAGCAUUCCGUGCUUCGUUACGCAUCGGGUUGAUCGGGUGAUCUAGGUUGUUUACCAUUUACAUGGAAAACCCAUCCGGUUUGAAAUUGUGCUAAUGGUAAGCAAAAUUUCGGAUAGAAAAUCCCAUUCGGAUUAUGCGCUUUCCAUUUAGAGUGACUGACCGGAAGGCACUGAAGGGUUGUUUACCAUUGAUAUGGAAAACCCAUUCGGUUUGAAUUAAAUCGCGAAGAGCCUGGAACUGGUGAAAGAAACAAAAGAUGUAAAUGGAACAACAUUCACCGGUUGAAACGUUCCAAUCGGUAAGAGAGGACAACCUUUUCAAACAAACCGUUUAUUCCGGAAAAGUUCCGUUUGGGCCGUUUGUUCCAUUUACAUUCCGUAUGGAAUCACCGGAAUUUCCAUGUAAAUGGUAAACAAUUAACCCAGGGCUCAAAAUUUUCAAUUUGACUGGAUCUGAAGUAAUUUAUAUUCAUGCAUCAUAACUCUAACACUGAUACCAAAAACCCAAAAUUAAAGCGUCGACAAUACCAUAUACCUCAAAUAAAACGCCCAAGAUACCCGUAUACCCAAAACCCAUGGAAAGGCCUGAAGAAUACAUAUUCAAUGUUGACGGAUUGACCACCCUUUUCGCAUGCGCGAAAAGACUGGGACUGGUCUUCAAGUUUGGCUUCAAAUUUCCUUUGGCUUCAAAUGCUAUAGGAAACACAACAUCUGAAAGAUUAUCCUUUGAAAGUGUAACAACGUAAUCAAGAAUGAUUGUGUGGAAUUGUGUUGUGCAAGAUACCACAAAUCACAUGGCAUAAUUAGGAAAGUGUCAUCUUUGCAUGCUUUCUGUCUCAGUGGUAGAGAUUGUAGUUCAUGCAUGGUUCAUGGUUGUAAGUUUUGUCCUUCAGAGGACGACCGUUCGUUGUAUUAGCUGUAUAUAAUCUGGUUUCCAUUUGGAUGGUGGAAUAGUUAAUAUUAUCCAAUACUCCAGCUGGUGCAAUGUUUCGUUGUCGCUCACUGCUGUUUUAUGUUUAUGUAGGUGUAUUGAAAAGGCAAAGACGUCAAUAAAGAUUUCAACACAAGUCUGUUGUGCUCAGCAGUUGGCAAGUCUAGGCAAGUUAUGCAGGUAGUUUUAGUUGCCAUUGGCAACUAAAACUACCUGCAUAACUUGCCUAGAAAGACCAAGCCAAUAUGUAGUUUGGAUAAAACAAGCAUUCAGUCAAAGUUCGAACAGCAAUGAAUAAACAGUAGCUCCGUAUGUAAUACAUGUGGUUAUACUUUGUGUCCUUUGUUAAGGUAUAUAAAUGAAAAUGCGCAAUAAAUGUAUAUAAAAGUUUGUAUUGUAG